AUGGGUCGCACUCCAUGGCAAGACAUCGCCCAAAGAGCACAGGAUGCUCGCGACAAGACCAUCGCAUUAGUCCAACCACCAGUUCCUGAUGUGCCAGCCGAGCUGCCCCUGAAUGUGGUGGAGGUGCCUAAGAAGCUGUUGACUGCCAGAGAGGUUGAGAUCACCGAAACUCCACCGGAGGAGCUCGUCAUCAAGCUUGCAUCGGGGGCAUGGACGAGCGUGGAGGUCGCAACUACAUUUCUGCGCCGUGCAGGGUUAGCCCAAAAACUGGUCAAUUGCAUUACGGAACUCAUCCCCGAUGAAGCCCUCGAACGAGCAAAAUACCUGGACGACUAUCUAGCCAAAUACGGAAAGCCUAUUGGCCCUCUCCACGGACUGCCAGUCAGCAUCAAAGAACAUCUUCCCAUGAAAGGCCGUACUAUAGACUGCGGAUAUGUCGCAUGGUGGGGACGCAUUUCAGAUGUCACUUUUAGCGGAACAGAGGCAUUGUACAAAGCAGGCGCGGUGCUAUACGCCCGGACUACGCAACCACAAUCUUUGAUGCAUCUUGCAACCUCGAGUAAUCUAUACGGUGAAACUGUCUGUCCUUACAAUCGAAAUCUAACUAGUGGAGGUAGCUCGGGCGGAGAAGGCGCGCUGAUAGCCCUAAACGGCAGUGUGGUGGGAAUCGGUACUGAUAUUGGCGGAAGUAUUCGCAGUCCCGCUGCAAAUAAUGGAAUAUACGGCCUCCGUCCCACGAGUAGCAGAUUUCCAUAUGAUAAGGCUGCUGCUGGGUAUGGACCGAUGGCAAUCCCGUGCGUUGCUGGUCCCUUGAGCGCUUCUCGGGGUGGAUUGCGGCUCAUCAUGAAAACAGUCAUAGACUCAAAGCCGUGGUUGACCGAACCAUCGCUUUUGCCGUUUCCAUGGCGUGAUGAUGUGAGCCACUUUGCACCAGGCAAAAAAAUCAAGAUUGGCGUUCUGUGGGACGAUGGAGUUGUGAAGCCACACCCUCCCGUUACCCGGGCGCUGAAUGAGGUUGUGAAUAAGCUUCGUGAUGUUCCUGGAGUUGAAAUCGUGGAUUGGAAACCGUAUAAGCACGACUAUGCUUGGGAGAGGAUAGCAUCGCUUUACUAUGCUGACGGCGCAGCUCAUAAUUUCGAAAUCUUUGCUGAAGGUGGAGAGCCUAUGUUGCCGCUGACUCAUUUCAUCAUGACAGAAAAUGAACAUCGCAAGAGACUACAGAUCGAAGAGAUCUGGGAGCUAAUGGAGAAGAAUGCGGAGUAUAGGAAAGAAUACGCUGCGCAGUGGAACAGCACGGCCACUGGGGUGGAUGAAAGUGGAUUUCCUACGGGGAUGGUUGAUGUGAUUCUUUCUCCAACAGGUCCAGGUGCUGCUCCUCCUUUGAAUCAGGCCAGGUAUUGGGGUUAUACCUCUCAGUGGAAUCUGCUUGAUUACCCUGCAGCGGUCUUUCCCGUAACGAAAGUACAGCCAGACCUCGACAGGGUUGAUGAGGGUUACGAGCCAAGGAACAGCAAGGAUGAAUUCAACUACAAGCUUUAUGAACCUGAAUUAUAUCGUGAUGUUCCUGUUUCUCUUCAGCUUAUCGGGCGCCCAUAUGAAGAUGAAAAGCUAAGUAGGAGAUCAGGUCCUUGA